CUCCCCUCCCUCGGUCGUACAGCAGCUGUUGGGUGAGGGGAGGGGGCGGCUGAUGGAGCAGUGCAUUGUGGGUGGAGGGCACACAGCAUCCUGGGUAGAGCCCAUCAUGGCGGACAGGGAGCUCAGGUCCUUCCAUGUGCAGAGCUGAAAGACCAUGGCAGACUACACCAUACGGGUCUACAAGAACCGGGACUACAAUGCUGUCCGUAUGCUGUUUGCAGAAGGCACGCUGGAGCACAUCCCGGCUACCUGUGCCUACCUGCUGAAGCUUCCCCGCGCCCAGUUUAUCCUUUUCAUAUCUUUCAUCACCCUGCUCUUAAUAUCUAGGUCCUACUUACUUUCUCUAGUCAGCCUGGCCAUUCUGUUCACUGCAGGACGGCGCCUGUUGAACAACGAGUAUCAUCAGUAUGUGGACAAGUGUCAGAGAGAAGACUUACUGGACAUUGAGGAGUCCUACCUGGCAAGUAACAACUCUUGUUUCUGGGUGGUAGAGUCUAACGGCAGGGUCAUCGGCAUGGUGGGCGUCCAGCCAGUGCCCCGCUCUACUGAAGUUAUGGUGUUGAGGUGGCUGUCAGUGGCUAAGGACAAGAGGCACCAAGGAAUCGCCAAGGCUCUGUGCCAGAAGGUCAUAGAUUUCACUUGUACGCGUGGCUUCAAAGUGUUGACUAUGGAGACGUCAAUGAUACAAGUUCCUGCGCAAAAAUUAUAUGAAAAAUUGGGUUUUCAGAAAACAGAUGUCAAGAUUUUUCCAUCACUGAUUGGAAGGUUUUCUAAUUUUACAAUCCUAACCUAUGAAUAUAGGAUUAAAGACUAGUGGGAUGGAGGAGCCACCAACUCAUGGACUAGACACUGGGCAAUUAUAAUCCUUCACCACUAAUUUAUCAAUCCAGAGAAGGUAUGUCUGAUAGACAAUAUGUCGGCUGCAAUUGGUUCAUCUGGACAUGUGUCUUAUAGACAAUAUGGAGGCUGUCAUGGUUCACCUGGACAUGUGUCUGAUAGACAAUAUGGAGGCUGUCAUGGUUCAUCUGGACAUGUGUCUGAUAGACAAUAUGGAUGCUGUCAUGGUUCAUCUAGAUGUGUGUUCUAAUUCUCCAUCACUUUAUUGCAUCUGUACCACUAUCAAUAUGGAAGUAAAACUUUUUGGGAAAACCCAGACACCAACUCCUGUAAGACAUCACACUUGGGUGGAUGAUCCUUCUGACUUGUGUUUGGGACAGAGCCUCUCAUAGUCUAAUGGUGAUGACACUGUGAGGAUAGAACCAAGAGUGGGGCCAUGAUGGGUUAAGAUGAGGAUAUUCAUACCAUUCAUUUCCUUAUUAUGCCCUGCCAGUGCUCUCACCCUGUUCACAUGGGAAACAGAAACCCCCCAAAACACAACAUACUCCUAAGGACUAGCUCAGGCUGAUGUCUUGAUUGCACCUUCAAUGUCUUCCUGCUUUGCUGUGUGUUUCAUUGUGGUUAUGACGACUCAUUAGGAGAAUUCGA